UUUUUCUUUUUCCCUUUUUCUUUUCUUUUCUUUUUCUUUCUUUUCUUUCUUUCUUUCUUUAUAACUUUUUUCAUAUAUAUAUAAUUUGACCAAAUGGUUCUUCUACAAUGGUGGACCAUUGUUGGAUUAUUUGUUCUUUUUCCUUUAUUGGUGUCCACAUUACCUGUACAACAACUUGACAGUAACGAUAUUGCAAAUAGUAACGACACAAACGACAUUAUUUUCUCCAACAAAGAUAACGACGAUAUAUUAAAAUCAACUCAGUUAGACAAGAAAAAUGACAAUGAUGAUUUCGACUUGGAUUUAAAUCGAUUUGUUCAACUCUUAUCUAGUCAUAUUAUGGUUGAACACUUGGAAAACGCUGUUAUUUCGCUAUCAAAAAUAUUGGCUGCGCAGAUUCAAGACUCGGUACAACUCAUCACUGAACAAUAUACACCAUUGUAUUCUAUUGAUCAAAAACAACAACAGUGGAUUCAUACUGACGAUGGUAACAAUGAAGAUGUAGAUGUACGACUUCUUCGGGAACAACUUCGAGGUGCUGUUGGAUCUUAUGUAGAAGACCAAUUACCAAGUAUGUGGUAUGGACAUAGUAGUUUUGCUGCCCUGGAUUCUUCUGCUCUUCGUUUGUUUAUGGAAUCGACUUUAUUAGAAUAUUGCCCAGCUAUCACCACUGAACAACCACUUGAACAAAACGUUAUGAUAAGUCAUGAAUGUUUCCAAAAGAAUGCAAUGGAUUUUUCUACCAAGGUGGAUGGUUAUAUCAAACAACAUAUGCAAACUACAUUGAUGGAUAUUGUACAACAGGAUUUGCCUCAACUUCUUCAUUUGACCGACAAUCAUAUUCGUGCCAUUUUACAUCAUUUCAAUACGUUUUUAUUACCUCCUCAUAGUCAAUUACAAAUGUCCUUUCUUUCCUUACAAGAUCAUCCCGAUUGGUCAAAUAUGAACAAUAUCAACGAUAUCUUGGAUUUUAUUAACGAUGGUGACAAUUCCAAUUCCAUGGCUCAUUCUGUACAUCAAUAUGUUAUCCUGGCCAAAUCCAAUGCUUCUUGAUCAAAUACUCCUCUUUUUUUUUUAUUUAUUUAUUUGUUAUCAUCAUUGUUACUAUCAUCAUCAUUACAAUUCUUAUUUGUACAUAGACAAAUCAUCCUCUCUCUCUCUCUCUUCUUUUUUUUUUUUCUUCAUACAUUCAUUCAUUAUCCAUUCCAUUCCUUCAGCAUAGUUUAAACUUAGUUUAUUUGUAUAUAUAUAUAUAUCCAAGUUAUCUCCCAAAACUUCCAAAGUCCAUUCUUGUCUUCUUUUAUUUACAACAUUGCAUCAAUAAAGAAUUAUCUUUUAUUAUAGAUCUCA